GUCUGCAGUACAACUGAGCUGACACUGACACACACCAACAGCAUCCACCAUGAAGGCUUUCAUCUUUCUGGCUCUGUUCGCAGUGGCAUAUGCUGCUCCCUUUAAUGACGAUGACAAGAUUGUUGGAGGCUACGAAUGCAGAAAGAAUACAGUGCCCUACCAGGUCUCUCUGAACGUUGGCUACCACUUCUGCGGAGGCUCCCUGAUCUCCAGCACUUGGGUGGUGUCUGCUGCUCACUGCUACCAGUCUCGCAUUGAGGUGCAUCUUGGUGAACACAACAUCGCCGUCAGUGAGGGCACAGAGCAGUCCAUCAACUCUGCUAAGGUCAUCCGUCACCCCGGCUACAGCAGCUACAACCUGGACAAUGACAUCAUGCUGAUCAAGCUGAGCAAGCCCGCCACCCUGAGCAGCAAUAUAAAGACUGUGUCCCUGCCCUCUAGCUGUGCCAGUGCAGGCACCUACUGUCUGAUCUCUGGCUGGGGCAACAUCAGCAGCUCUUCAAGCAAUUACCCUGAUCGUCUGAUGUGCCUGGAUGCCCCCAUCCUAAGUGACACCAGCUGCAGGAACUCCUACCCCGGGGAGAUCACCGCCAACAUGUUCUGUGCUGGAUUCCUUGAGGGAGGCAAAGAUUCCUGCCAGGGUGACUCUGGUGGCCCCGUGGUGUGCAACAAUCAGCUGCAGGGCAUAGUGUCCUGGGGUUAUGGCUGUGCCCAGAGGAACAGGCCUGGAGUCUACACCAAGGUCUGCAACUACAACGCCUGGAUUCGUAACACCAUGUCCUCCAACUAAAGUCACUUAACAGUCAUUUGUUGUGAGACAGGGGACCGUUUAUGCCUUCAAUAAAUAAAAAUACCUCAA